CUUUCCAUCACCCCGUCCCAUUCUCCCUCUUUCCAUCAUCCCGCCCCAUUCUCCCGCUUUCCAUCACCCCGCCCAAUUCUCCCGCUUUCCAUCACCCCGUCCCAUUCUCCCGCUUUCCAUCACCCCGCCCCAUUCUCCCGCUUUCCAUCACCCCGCCCCAUUCUCCCGCUUUCCAUCACCCCGCCCCAUUCUCCCGCUUUCCAUCACCCCCCCCAUUCUCCCGCUUUCCAUCACCCCGCCCCAUUUUCCCGCUUUCCGUCACCCCGCCCCAUUCUCCCGCUAUCCAUCACCCCGCCCCAUUCCCCCACUUUCCAUCACCCCGCCCCAUUCUCCCGCUUUCCAUCACCCCGCCCCAUUCUCCCGCUUUCCAUCACCCCCGCCCCAUUCUCCCGCUUUCCAUCACCCCGCCCCAUUCUCCCGCUUUCCAUCACCCCUCCCCAUUCUCCUGCUUUCCAUCACCCCGCCCCAUUCUCCCUCCUUCCAUGACCUCGCCCCAUUCUCCCUCCUUCCACUACCCCGCCCCAUUCUCCCGCUUUCCCUCACCCCGCCCCAUUCUCCCGCUGUCCAUCUGCCCGUCCCAUUCUCCCGCUUUCCAUCAUCACGCCCCUUUCUCUAGCUUUCCAUCACCCCGUCCCAUUCUCCCUCUUUCCAUCACCCCGCCCCAUUCUCCCGCUUUCCAUCACCCCGCCCAAUUCUCCCGCUUUCCAUCACCCCGUCCCAUUCUCCCGCUUUCCAUCACCCCGCCCCAUUCUCCCGCUUUCCAUCACCCCGCCCCAUUCUCCCGCUUUCCAUCACCCCGCCCCAUUCUCCCGCUUUCCAUCACCCCGUCCCAUUCUCCCGCUUUCCAUCACCCCUCCCCAUUCUCCCUCCUUCCAUCACCCCGCCCCAUUCUCCUGCUUUCCAUCACACCGCCCUAUUCCCACGCUUUCCAUCACCCCGCCCCAUUCUCCUGCUUUCCAUCACCCCGCCCAAUUCUCCCUCCUUCCAUCACCCCGCCCCAUUCUCCCUCCUUCCAUAACCCCGCCCCAUUCUCCCGCUUUCCAUCACCCCGCCCCAUUCUCCCGCUUUCCAUCACCCCGCCCCAUUCUCCCGCUUUCCCUCAUCCCGCCCCAGUCUCCCGCAUUUCAUAG